AGGGCAUCAGGCGCAGUACGGGCCCCCCCACCACCACUCGCGCUCAGCGGCGCUCAGGCUCGGUCCCUCAGCGACGGAGGGGCAGUCCCUGGCCGGCGACGUCGGCGGCGACCCCUUCCGCCUCUCGCCAGUCGCCUCGCGCCCUCGCCUCCGUCCUCUGCGCACCGGCCGGAGACCCUGCGUACGCACCUCCCUCUCCCCUCCCGCCUCUGCUGUACCGUGGGAGCCCGGCCAACUGCCCAGGGUGGCCGGGCCUUGGCUCCGCCGGUGGUAGCUGGAGAUGGAUCUGAUUCUUCCGUAUAAGAUUGGGGAUCUCGCGGAGUCAAAAUCCUUGGUGAGCGGUUACAGGGGUGCAUGGUUUCGCUGCAAGAUACAUAAUAUGCGUGUCAAGUUUGGAUACCUGGAGUGUUACUUGGAGUACAUUGAUUAUCCCGGCGAAAAGAAGGAAUGGGUUAGGGUCUUUCGAAAGAACUCUGCAAGGUCCAACCAAAAUUCAAGAGAGAGUACUCAAAUCAUGAUAAGGCCUUCGUUUCCAAAAUGGUAUUUUGUGCAUGAAGUUCCUGAGCAGUUACCAAAUAGUGAUGUCACAGCAAUUGUUGAUGAAACCUGGAAAAUAGGUGAUCUGGUUGAUUGGUUGACGGAAGGUUGUUAUUGGUCUGCGACAAUUACUAAGUUACUCAAUGAAGAUCUGGUCGAAGUAGAGCUGCCGGCACCUCCCAUAGGUGAAGGCCAAUGUUAUCAAGCUAAUUGUAGUGAUCUGAGGCCUACUCUCGAGUGGUCUCUAGCAAAAGGUUGGACGGUCCCUCUUUCACAGGCAAACGGAAAAGGUUGGCAUGCUGCUCGUCUACUUCAACAUUAUAAAUCUGAAUCAGAUGAUGAAAAUGACGACAAUGAUAGCUGGGACGCCCGGAAACCGUUGUGCAGAGCUUCAAAUACGCCUGAGGAAGCUCCAGGUCCCAUAGCGACAAACAGCGCUUCCAGCCACAUUUAUCAGAAAGACACUACUGUCACGUCCACAGAGGACCUGAAGCCCAGCUCAACAUCCAAGUCACCAGACCCCAGCCAUGACGCCCAAGCUGCUGCAGCCAGCAGCCAAACGGCAGGUAUCGGGAUUUCCAUCAAGCAAGAACCAGUUAUUGGAGUCUCAAUCAAGCAAGAGGAGUCGUCCUUGACAGAAGGUGAGGUUGACGGUGACCUGGAAGAGUGCGUGGAGAAGCUGGGUACGAUCAAAGCCAGACUCAAAUACCUCAUGCAGGGCACGCGGUUGGAACGGCAAAGCUUCCGUGGGUACUCGUCAGGCAAAUGAAGUGGCAUCGAAGCCAGGCCAUCGAUUGCCUGUGGUUGCUGAAUUUUGUGUCCUGUGAUUAUAGUCCUGGAUGAUUAUGUUGUGAAUUUGAUUUUGGGGAGUUGUUUGUAGUUGCAGGAGAGUUAAUCCUGCCUAGCGUUGUUAAUAAAAUGCUGCAAUUUGUAGGAGCUAAGAGGAAUGUCUCUGAGUUAACUCUUCCAUUGUGUC